AUGCUUCCGUGUGUUCGCGUUCGCUUCUUCUGUGUGGCGCUCUCUCUCUCUCUCUCUUUCCACCCCUCCCCCUGCCCUGCCGUCUGUCUCACGACUGCGCUGCGCUCUCCCCAAUCGCAAUCACUUCCGGUCUCGCCAUGGCAUAUGUGUGCCGGUGCCUCAACCCCGCCGGCGAGUGCAGAGUUCACACUGCAGAAACGCUCAUUACAUAUAAACCCAAGCGCCCUUUCGGCAUCGGCAUUAAAGUAUACACACACACACACACACACACACACAGGUGCGUGCGCGUAUGGCAUGCGUGCAAGUCACACCCUGCACUCUCUUCACCGCCUCCCCCUCGCCCCCUUUGCCCUGUCGAGUCAUCCGCAGAAGUCACAUCUUGCGUUGGUGCUCACCGACCAUGCCAGUGACCCACACAACACAACCUCUCUCCAAGCCCCGGUCACCUCUCUGUUGCCCAUCCGUGCAGCUCUUGCCGCGCCUUUCAGUGUGCCGUUCUUGUACACGCCCGUCCGCAGAUUCCGCACCGAGCACCAAGUCGUCCGACGCACGAGAAGCGACAGUCAGGAUGCGGAUCAUGUGAGUGCCCAUGAUUCGGCUACCGAUGUGGCUGAAGUGCGACCUAUCCACACCAUGCAAGAUCUGCAUACAGCACUGCUUGGCUUUGCCCGCGCUGCAGCGACACCGUUGGCACCGCGCCAAGCACUCUUGUCACGCAAAACAGGAACAGCUGUGUGGCCAUCGUCGUCGGUAGCAGCAGCAGGAACGCGCGGCGAGGUGGCGCUCGACUUGGCACUGCCUCUCGACUCCAACGCCCAGUCUUCCGCUCCGAUUACCACCCCGGAAGGUCCUCCGGCCAGCUCCUUCGCUGCGUCUGCAGUGCCGAACGGGGAGCGCCACCUUCUGCACCGCCUCCUCCUGCAUCGCCGCAGAGGGCGAUGGCGCGAACACCACGAUACCGCACGGAGUGCAGCAGAUGGCCCCGGCUUACCGUCGUCGUCAUCUACACCGGAGACAUUCUCAGAGUCAACACCGGCAUCGUCCAGCUUCGCCACUGCCGCGUCGCCGAUCCUUACGGGGGCCUCAUGGUACUGCGCCUUCCAGCUGUUCAGUGAGGCAGUUCAGAAACACCACGUAUCACCAACGGCACAGCAACUCAACCUUCUCCUGUACAUUGCCCAACAGCACGCACUAUGGGGUAGGAUGGACGACGUGGAAGAGUUUUGGGCCCACCUGUUGUCUUCUGUCCAACAGCUUCGACGGGAGAAGAUGCACGACAAGCGACGGGUGGAGCAAACGGAGUGGCGAAGCGGGGAAGGGGACGGACGAUACAGAAUGGCGCCAGAGUUGGAGCAGCGGAUGUCGUCAUCCUCUAUCGUCGCGCCCACCCCUGCCAUAACAACAGCUGCUCUGAUACGGCAGAUGGACGAGCUGAGGGAGAUGGAGCAGGCCCUCAUCCCGAACGCGCAGACGUAUGAGUUGCUGCUCGGUGCCGCGCUGGUGCGGGGGGCGUGGGACCGCGCACUGGAAUACUGCGGAAUGAUCACUCGCAGUGGUGUUGCGAUCAUGACCGACGCCUCGGUGCGCCUCGUACUGCGGGUGUACAUUCUCGCAGGGGCAUCCGGCUCUGUCGCUCACCCGACAGCGUCCUCCACAGCAACAUCUCCACCACAUCCUGCACCACAUCGGCUGAGGACAGAUGAGCGAGGAAAGGUCCUUCGCGCGGCGGCGCAACCACAGAGCAGCAGCAGCAGCAGCAGCAACUCCACCACUCAAGGCGGACCUGCACAAGAGCCGUACUGGUCUGUCGCUCUGCACUUCUUUCGGAGUAGCUUUCACCGAGUCUCCAGCAUGCAUACGGUGUGGUGCAUGGCAACGCUGCUGCACCGUGCUAACCAGUCGGCGGAACUUAUGCACGUCGUCAGAGAAGAUUGCCAGCAGCUAGUGCAGACAUCCCUUCGAUCCCUUGCCGCUCACGCGUUGACCUCCGUCGAGAGAGCGGCACUUUUGCGGACUCUAAAGAUGGUCAGUGAUGCGGCCUGUGAGCUCGGCGACUGGCGCGCAGCGCUGCACAUCCUACAUGAGGUCAUAGAACUGCGCCGUCAGCUGCUCUCCGGGCGCAGCGCAUCGCUGGAUCAGCUCUGGGGUGUGCCACACCCAUCAGGAGAGGUGGGCAUGUCACUAGCCGCUCUCGCGGGCGGAGACGCUUCAAGCGUGGCCCCAGGAGCUCCACUGUCCCACCCCACCAUUCAAUCCCUUGAAGCACCGCACCAGAUUGGUGCUUGGAUGAGCGACAAUGACAUUCUGCUCGAUGAGUCAAAGCUCUCUCAGCGUAUUCUCAAGAACACCCUUCACACACUGCGGCGCGUGUGCCGCUAUACGCAGGUGAUCAAUGUGUACAGGGAGGCCCCAGGAAAGCCUGCGGCAGCUGUUGACGUAACCGCAGGUGCUGCACACGAAGAAGAAGAAGACGAUGCUACCAAGGUGUGGCGAAGCAUGUGGACACCUAGUGCGGUGAGUUACGUGGCGCAGGCAGCCCUGGCGGUGCAAGAUCUAGGCUUGCUUCUUGAGCUCUGCGGGCUGACCGCCCACGGUUUAGAGAAAGCAAAAGACGACGCAGUAGCGACCAGUAGCAUCCCUGCUGAGGUCUACGACGCCGCCCUGCGCCUUAUCCAGCACCGCAUUCUCCGUCAGUGCUAUGAGGCAGAGAAAUCCGUCGUGGGCCCAAACACGGCUGCCGCCGCAGUGGAGCACGAUGAGUGGCAGUGGGAUGUCCUCUCGCAGCGCGUCUACAGAGCGUACCGCCAGCGUGCCCUUCGCGCGCUCGCAGAGGAAACCUCGCCGUACCGUGCGUUCCUGGAGCGCGCGUGUCAUGCGUCGGCCAGUCAGAGCGAUGGUCACGCCGUCGUCGCACGCAGCGCAGCAGCAGCGGCUGCUGUAGCAGAGUGCGAUGCAUCACCACUCUCCUCCUCACACAAGCCACUCGUACAGCUUCUAGCGAAGUCCCUCCAGAGCGGGCUCGAUGCUUCCGCCGCCGCCGACCUUCAACAGCAGGCUCUGAAGCACCUUCAGCGCAUCCGCCAUCCCGACACACUGACCAUCGCACUUGCCAUGGACAUUUUGCGCAGCCAAGUACUUCAGCGCCGCUUCUCAGACGCGGAGGCGCAGUCGCUACUGGUAGCAGUCCAACAAGUACUGGAUAUCAUCCUGGCGGAGCAGCCCAUCGAGGCCAUCCAGCUGCUCUCAGCGUCGCUGCAGGACUCGGCUACUCACAGAGCCAACUGCUGCGGCAGUGCCCGGUCAAAGCAGUCAUCGGGCCACCAUCGCUGCCGGCCAGGCUCUGCCUCCCUCGCCACCCUGAGCCCCAGUGCUGCAGAAGUCGACUCGAAACUCACGCCAGCGCAGCUCGCGUCCCUCUCCACGCUUACCGCCGCUGCCGUUCACAUGAGCUUCGACAUUCUGGCGCGUGUGCAACCGCUGACGCUGCUGACGUACAUUCCUGCGUGCGUGAAGCUGGCGUGGUUGCCGAGCGCCGCAGCGCCGGCACAGCUGCAGCUUGCACAACAGGUGGUCGUGCAGUGGGCGGACGAAGAGCUCAAGAGGAGUGCCAUUUUUGCUGCCGAGCCUCACCGCGCCACUAUGGCCCAGAUGAAGUCUGCUACUGCUGGCACUGUCGGUAGUGUUAGUGCUGCUGCUCCUGCUUCUCUGUGCGAUGACGUGAUGGACGCCAGCCCAGCCGCGAUUGAAGCAAGCGGGAGGAGCGCCGUGGCGCACUUUGUAGUUUUGUACACCCACUUCUCCUCUCGCAAAGCAGUCACCUCGGGUGCGACUCCCCCACUCGUCGUGGAGUCGUCCACCGCGGCGGCGGCGGCGAAGGGUCGCGCUGUACUGGAUGCCGCUGCUCAGGUACUGGUGCAGCUUCAGCGAAGCAAAGCGGGUCACCCGCCCACGGCAGCCAUGUCUGCCUUCAUCGAAGCCUUGCGACACGCGUGGACGGAGACGACAUCCCCAGUCCAUAGCUCGCCGCCUCUCGAGACGCUGUCGCUGGACAUUGCGGAGAUGGAGGUGGUGGUGGUAACCUCUCUCAACGCAGUGGUACAGCAGGUGGGUGCAUCCACGGUGGGUCGCUGGACCAUGUGGGGCGACUGCGUCGACAUGCUCAUGACCUACAUGGAUCCACCACUCUCCGCGACACGGCGACGAGGAACACAGGUGGAGAAACCUCCAGCGGGAGUGAUGCAACUGGCAUCUCUGCCGCAGCCUCGCCUCGAUUCCUGGAGGCGGGCAGAAGCGACACACGAGACCCUGCGUGUGCUUCACAUGUUUAUGCGCCUGUGCGACAAGGCCGAGACGGGGUUUGUGGAACGCGUGACGAUGGACUGGCUGCUGCUCAGCAGCAACAGUACAUGUAGCAGCAGCACUCGAGGCAGCGGAUGCACUUCUCGUGAAGGUGAGAGUAAGCAUGUAAUGCGGCAAAGUGAGGCCGUUACACCAGUGGAACACCUGCAGUGCUUAUGUGAGCAAGCUCACGAGCAGCUGCGACGUGCUCCGCCGGCACCGCACGAUCCUUUUUCGCCGCCAGAGCUGGAGUCGAUGCACCUGCUGCUGGAUGCAUUGACAUGGGCGUGUCGCCGGCGGGUGAAGCCUCUUGUGCGCCGAAUGUACUGGACCCUCGCCCCAUGGCUUGACACACUCCUUCGGGAUCCAUCCCUGACGUCACCGCCCCCGCCAACAAGUCGUGCGCGGCCUGUAGCUGCCUGUGCUGCGUCGACUGUGGCAAAGAGGGCGCUACUCCAUCAGCAGCUGAGUCGCCUGCGUGAGACGGCGCUCGCUGCGUGCAUGACGGUGGCGCAGUGCCUCUCAAGCGGACCUCGCGUGGAAGUGCUGCAGGACUGGCAGCUGCAGCUGCGCGCGCUACGACAGCUGACCGACCAAGGGAACGGCGCAGCACCACUAUCAGACCUCGGCAGCCAGCGGAAGGCGGCAGCUCUCAUCGACGGUAUUGCCGCGGUUGCCGUGAAGCUGCAGCGAACUUGGCGCUACCUCUUGACGGAGCUCGCUCUUGACAGUCACCGAGCAGCCAGUGAGGCGCGCCAGCGGAGAAGUGCAUCACCAUCGCCACCCCCUCUGCGGCUCCCGGCUUCCGUCCUCAAGCGCAGACGAGACACUGAAGAUGCUGCUGAGUCAUUUGCGGCGUGGUGCAGCGAGGAACUCCUUCCACGGCUGGUCCUCUCUUGCUUGCGUGCAUGUGUGGAGCACGAGGCCCUCAGUGGUACUGCACCCGCCAUCACGCCACCACCUUGCGCGGCGCCGUCUUCUUCGUCGCCGCGCGCCGUCGUGACAGCGGCGCUGCACAGAGUGUUGGGGGCCGUUUGGGAUGUGGACUUCGCUGCCUUUGCGUGGCAAGUCGACUUUUGCGCCCGCGAGGGUCUCCAUGCCGACGGCGCGCGAGCGCAAGCGCUGGCACGAUGGCGCACUCGCGGCUAUCGCGCCCUCAGCACGGAGCUCUCCUGGCCAAAUCCGGUCGGCACGUCACAGCAGCUAGCACGUCACCUGCACAUUUGGGUCCUCUUCACCGCGCACAGCGCCCCAACGCAGGGGGCAGUGGCCGAGCUAUGUCGUGACCUGGCUACCCUUGACGUCCUUCACGGAGUACAGCGCGCCACGUCAAGUGCGGCCGCCCAGCCAGGCACACCAACUGCCGGCCGCACCGCCACCGCAGCCUCGCCGAUCUCGCUCCCCUUCUUUCUCUUCUUUGUACAGGAGGCCGACACACUCGCCGAGGCGAAAGUCACUGAGGUGCUUUCCUCUGCCAGCUGUGCCGACUCCGCUGCUGCUGCUGCUGCUGCUGCCGGCACCGAUGGCUCAUCAUCACAUGUGGCGGAACUGCCGCGGAUGGCAGACGGCCGCACCGCAAUGGAGCAUCUCACAAACCCUCUUGUGCACUACACCCCAUUGGUGCUGCGCGUCGUGCAACAGGCGGCGCAAUGGGUGUUAUACCUCACUCUCUGCGAAGGUACGGUAGAUGUGCAGGCCACAGGAGGAGGCGCGGAGGCAACUCACCGGCAUUCGUCUUUACCUUUAUCGGCGGUAGCUCAGAAACCUCGAUCCGUGGGCUGCACUCUCACGGGCCGCGCCGCCCUUUCUGCACUGCUGCUGCACCGCUGCCUGGCCUGGACAGGACAGACGCACGCCUACCACGCUCUCCUGUGUGUGGUCGAGGCGACGGCCCAUGAGACGCUGCGGGAGCCAGAGGCGGUCGUGUAUGUCUUCCGCUACAUGGAGCGACUAGGCCGCGCCGCAGAGGGUACGGGCGCGGCGGCGAGAGAAGGCGAGACCAUCCCAAGCACCAGCAUCGGUCCCAGCUCUACCAGCCCCGCGGAGGCCUUUCUGGCCUUCUACAUGAGCUCUACCACGCUGCGCCGCGCGUCGCCAGUGAGUGAGCAGGUAUGUCUCGCCGCACUGCUUGCAUGCGCCGCGAACACGCGCAGAGACGACGACGCCGUGUCGCCACCUUCGGUUGACCUCCUCACGCUGCUCACCGCCUUCACUCACGUCGUCUCAGACCACCUUGUCACCGAGUGGCAGCAGGGCCGCCUCUCACCACAUCAAGUCGUCGUCCUGACGGAGUGGAUGCUGCGGCUUUUCUGGGGAGGGGCUCCAGUUUCGCCGAUGGACGCGAGCACCGGCUCUCUGAAGCGCUACGGAGCGGUCGCUACUGCGGCUGCUGGUGGCAACGUCAGCGCCAUCGCUUCCGCACCAGUACCGCUACGCAGGGCAUCUAUGCAGUGGCUGCUCGUGACGCGUGGCACCAUUCUCCCGCCACCGUUAUGGUACGAAGGGGAUGCAGGAUCGAAGCCAGCUUCUUGUGAUGAGGAACAUAGCUCACCCCAACCAUCACCAGCUGGUGCUGCUGCUUCGGAGCGCAUUCUCUCUCUCGUGGCAGCACUGGACACAUCAAGCGAGCGUUUCGCUGCACUUUUAGGCGGCGUAGUUUUCUCGCCUAGCACAGCCACUGAACCACUACGUGACGACUCCACCAGUACACUAUCAAGUGCGAGACCAGCGAGCGACCUGCCGCCACGCCAUCCGUCCGUAAGCCCUCCCACUGCUCUCGUUGAUCUCGUCCGCAACGUACUAAAGCAGCUUACCACCCGGCACGCCACUCAGCAGCUGCUGCACCGCUACCAAAACCCCAACGAUACACUACGGCCACCAGUGCGAGUGGCGGACAUAGAGGUGGAUGUUCUUGUGCAAGUAUUACCUGAAGAUGCACGCGAUAGCGCUAAAGCGACCCUGCGAAGCGGCGCUGACCCUGCCGCCUCCUACGGCGGUGACCCGGCACGUGAAGCUUCGCGUCCGAUGAGAAGAAGUGACGCUCGACGGUCGGUGCAGGCGAGCCCUGUAGCAGAUGACGAAGGUGCGGUGGAGCUAGAGAGCUGGCUAGACGCGGCCACUGCCCACCUGGUAUCUAAGACACCGGCCGCCGCGCCAGCGCCGACGCCUCUGCCAGGGAUACUUCGGUGCCCAGGGCAGGUAGAAGGCCUCACAUGGAGUUCACUUUACGCACAGCUGCUAUGCGCCAUCAAGAGCGUGCACCAAUGCUGUGAAGAAGUGAUGCACACUGCGGCAUGCGCAUCCGGUAGCCGGCACAAACUCGACGCCUACGUUCGGCGUCGUGCAAACAUGCUCCGCCCUGCCCUGCUGCGAUUGAUGUCGAAUCUGUCAGACGCCUCCAGUUGUUCCAGCUCAGUGUCUCCAUCCGUGUCUCCCAGCGAAGAUGGUGACGUCAGCCCGUGUGUGAAGUCGCUGCUUCUUAUAGGCUAUGUUCUAGUCCCACUGCAGUCACUACGACCGCCGCCGUCACUGACAGAGGUGUUGGCAGUGGUGCGUCAAGAGUUGUGGAGGCUUCUUCUCGCCUGUAGCAGUGCGAACGGAGCUGGCGCGGGUGGACGUCAUCUCUACACCUCAUACAACGCACUGGUUCAGCUCUGUGUGCAUCCGUUGAUGCUCGAUGCACUGCCACAACUCCGCCUCUCCGCCUCCGCCAGCAAUGGGAGCAGGGAAUCGGCGUUCGAAGCUGUCGCAUAUUUGCUUCUUCUUGUGCACCAAGUAGGCGCAGACGUUGCUGACAUCCGUGCUCUUUCGUCCACCUUGGCAGAUACAGCGGCAUCAUCCGCAUCUCAAGGCGCCUCGAUUCCAGACGCAAGUGCCGUGGAUGCCCUGCAGCAGACCGCACGCGAGUUGCUCCACCUUGCUGGUCAAGAGCUCUACCACCUCCACGCCAACUCCGGCUUGACGACAUCUUCGUUGGCAUCGGCAUCAUAUUCGCCGGAGCUGCUCCAAAUUCUGUAUAGACGGCUCGUACGUGCCUGGAUGCAAGCGGGGGUCUUGCUCGGCGACGCACACUCACUGCUGUGGGGCGGGCAACGUCUCACCUCUUGGUCGCUGCAGAGACAGCAGAAGGCGACGGCGUUGGGGUUUACCACCGAGGGAAACGGCGCGGUGUCAGCCAGCACCGCGCCGUUCAGUGAAGUGGCCGAAGAUGAUGCUGCUACGGAGUGGCUGUGCGUGUUACCUGUCGCUGUGUUGGUUGCGGUGGUUUGCAGCCCUGCCCACCGCAGUAGUACAAGGGUAAGUGAGACACUGUAUUCGCUCGCUGCUGUCCUACCUCUUCCGCACCGCAUCAGGGCCUCCGCGCCUAGCAGUCAAGCCGGCAGCAGUGCGGUGGCGGCGGACGAGUAUGUCAGCUUGUUUCGCCACUGGCAGAAACUCCUGCAGGGGCGUGCGACUGAGCACGCCAGCGGGCAUCGGGGUUGUCAGCAGCAGGAGCAGCACCGGCGUUCAUAUAACUGCCCUUUCACCGUCAUCCUUCACGGCAGCGUCCCUGCGGAUGCGACUCUGGCACUCGUUGAAGCGGUGCGUCGGCAGAUCGGGGAGUACCUCGCCGGUUCAGCAACCUCGUAUCCGCCUCAGCCGCACCAGGCCAUAGCCGUGUCCUCCGCCAUGGCUCCAACUCUCGGAGGCGACGGUGGCAGCAGCUAUGCCACGGUCUCUCCCGCUGCCCUUUGGGCAGCUUUUCAAUGUAUGAAGGACGCUAGUGAAGGCGACAUGCGAGCCUUUAUGCGACUGGAGGCGGCGAAGCGCACUCCUGUCGGCGAGGUGGUCGGCAGAGGGAAGCCUGAGAAGGUGGUAGCAGUCCAAGCGGCGUGGCGUCUCAUUCAUCGUGCCGCACUGCAGGAGCGCCAGCAGUGUGGCUCAGGGAAUGGGAUUGCGCCUUCGUGGAUCCCCUUGGUGCCGCCUGCGAUAUGGCGAGCGUACCUGCUGAACCUCCAUCCGGUAGUCCCUCACACCGUACACUUCAUUCCUGUAGCUUUGACAGAGGUAGUCAUGCUUCAAAGCUGCACCGUGUGGACAGAGGGCAUGGCUUUGCUCGAGCAUUCACUAGGGACGCUGCAUCGCUCUGGCGCCACGCCUGUGCAGCAAUACAUGGCGCAGCUCUUGCUGGAACGGGUGCGGCACACGGAGCGGGAUGCUGAAGGGAGCAAGACGGGUGAUGGAAGAGAGGGGGGGGAGCGCCAUUUCUGUGUCGGGCUGGAGGCCUACACGUACACUGUGCAGCAGGUGCCGCAGCCCACCGGAGAAAAAGCGAGUGGUGGAACACAUGACUCAUUUCCACGUUGGCAUCUGUGGUCGGAGUACAUGGCACAGCGUGCAACGCACGGCACGGCGGCGCUGGUGUGCCACAUUAUUGAUCUCAUUAUUGUUCAUCAUAUGCAGACCACUGCCGCCCCAACGCGCAACAGUAGCGCUCGCUCGUCUUCUCUGUUGGCCAAGCACACCCUCAUGGAGGCUCUGCGGUGCAGCGUUCACGACCCUGCCUUGACUCGCAUUCUUUUCCGCCUCUUCUGGGCUGAGCAGUACCGCCGCGUUAAGGGCGCGCACGCGUUCUUGUCCGCACUGCGGGCCGCCAAGCUAGCGAGGAGCGACGCACUCGCGCUGGAGGCGAUGCUAACGUAUUUAUGGGUUUCCGACCCGAAUGCAACCACCACGCAGCGGACGGCAGAGUGGACCUCUCGUGUUCUGCAGGUCAUCGACGCCUGCGAAGCGCGUGCCACCAUCCCAGGCUCACACGCACCCACUUCGCCCUCCUCUGUCUCUGCGUGGCGGCACCUCAAGGUGGCUGCUGGGAAGGCGUCAGAGCUUCAGGGGCUGUCGUACCGCUUCUCUGUCGAGGCGCACCGUGCGACGUGGAAAUCGUGGGCAGUGGUGUGUCGCCUACAGGUGGUGCCCAAGGACGUGGCGCUCUGCGUCGUCCACCUCUUCAAGCAGUACGACCACCUCACCGAGGUGGAGGAGCUCAUGGUGACCACGUCCUAUGACAUUAAUGAUGGCGCCAGCGGAGAGGCGUGUCGGUGGUGA